CAAGAUGGCGGCGCCCAGCGGCCUGGCCGCGGCGGCCUCUGCCGAAGGCGAUGGUGGGGCCAGUGACUUUCGGCUGUGGCUGGACGGGCGGCUGGAGGCCCUGGGAGUGGACCGAGCGGUGUACGGCGCCUACAUCCUGGGCGUUCUCCGGGAGGAGGAGGAGGAGGAGAAGCUGGACGCUCUGCAGGGCAUCCUCGCUGCUUUCCUGGAAGAAGACUCCCUAGUUACUGUCUGUCGAGAGAUUGUGGGACGAUGGUCGGACUCCCAGAACGUUGUCAAGAAAGUGAAGAGAGAAGAUGACGUCCAGGCCAUUGCCACGUUAAUUGAGAAGCAGGCGCAGAUCGUGGUGAAGCCCAGGGUGGUGUCGGAAGAGGAGAAGCAGAGGAAAGCUGCGCUCCUGGCCCAGUACGCGGAUGUCACCGAUGAAGAGGAUGAAGCAGACGAGAAGGAUAACCCAGGCGCUACCACAGUCAACGCUGGCUCUGACAAAUCUCUGUUUCGAAAUACCAAUGUGGAAGAUGUCCUCAAUGCCCAAAAGCUGGAACGAGACUCACUUCGGGACGAGUCCCAAAGGAAGAAGGAACAGGACAAGUUACAGAGGGAGAGGGACAAAGUAGCCAAGCAGGAGCGAAAGGAAAAGGAAAAGAAAAGGACACAGAAAGGGGAGCGGAAGCGAUAGCCCAGACCCACUCUCUCCUUUCUCCCAUGAACUUGAUAUCAAAUGGGAGAACUUGCUGUACAAAUGCGUAUUUGAGAGAAAUGGGAGAACACUGCCAAGUGGUUUCCCAAGGCAUUUCCCCUUUGUUUACAUGGUCAAGAGGAAACUCAGCAACACUUCUAAUUACAAAAUGUGCCAUAGCUCCGAGGUAUGGGUAAUUGGAUUAUUGUCAAUGAUGUCUUUACCAAAGAUCUGGACUAGGGGCAAUCUCGGUAUUUUAUGCUCCUUUUGGCCACUUUAAAGUCUCCCAUCACCUUGGAUAAGCAGCAGGAGGAUUAAUCUUCAGCCUGAAGGAGCAGAAACACCACCAGGGUGAAGUGUAAGCGUGUAUGUUGUUUCCAAGGCAGCAUUUGGCCCGAAAUGUCAUGGUUGGUGGUUCAAGUAGAACGCCAAUGAAGAGCUCUACCUGGAUCCGUCAUUUGUUUCCUGGAAGCAAAGUAGGAAAACGGCAAGAAAUGCUAUGGGUGGUGGUCCAGAGGUGAGGGUUCUGAAAAACUUUGCAGCUUAUGGGUGGAAAAGAAGUCUUUUUUCAAAUAGAUUGUUAGAUACAUUUCCUCCUCUAGGAUGUAGCUUUAAGAAGAAUGUGUUCUUCCUGAAGCAAAACUAGCAUUAGUGAGGAUUUUUUAAAUCGUGAUUCUUCUUGAAUCCUGAGAUCUUUUAUUUGUCCUAAAAAUUAUGAGUAUAAGACCUUUGAAAAGUCCUUAUUAGGGAAAAUGGAGAAAUAGUCACUCAAAAUCUGUGUUUGUUGAUGCUCAUCAGAUUUAUCAAAUGAGUGGUGGAAAAUGGUUCGAGUCAAAAGCAAGCGGGAGCUCUGCUCCUACAUUGUCAUCAGCCACAUUUGUUGUAAGGCCUUUCUCCCUUCGACUUCCAGGCAGCAGAUGGUCGAGUGGAAGCUUGAAGAAGGCAAUUUCAGUGCUGAGACAGAAAGUAAAUAUUUUAUACCAGAGGUUGGCUGACUGUCGCUCCCAGGUCUGAUUUGGCUUGGCUUGUUGUACAGUAGAAACAAUGUCCAUUUUUAAAAGGUUGUUAAAAGAAUAAAGAUUAUGUAACAAGACCCAUGUGGCCCACAGAGCCUAAAAUGCUACCUGGCUCUUCAGAGUGUACCAAUCUUGUUUUGUAUCAUUGGUUAACAAAAAAAUGUUGCCAUUGUGCAGAAAGUAAAAAGAUGCAUGGCGAAGGAGAAGAUGUGUUACCUCUUUAUAUACAUAUACUCCUCUAGCUGUGGCAUUGCAAAAAAGAAAAAAGAAAACCCACAUACAUAAAACUCACCUUUUUGUAAAAAGAAUAAACUUUAUUUAAAUGAC